GCCGGUCAGACCAGUCGCGUCCACCUGACUAGUCGGAUGGAUCGAUAGCCGUUCGAUAUUCGUGAUAACAUCAUCGGUCCAGUGUCAAUCACACCAGAGUUACGAAUCAAAUCUAAUUCAAAGGUUUUACAAACUCACUUGUGCAAGUGCUCAGCUGUUUUACGUAUUUGUGAAUCGAAUUGGGAUUUUAUGGACGUUCAGAGGACGUGAUAUGCAGAAUUUGAUCGUGGAUCGACGAAGGAACAGUGGGAAUUAUUUUUGAAGGGGGAUUUUUUGGGAGUCAUCGAGAUGGCAAGCAUCUACCGGCUGUUAGUCUUAUACCUGACGAUCAUUCCGGCACUAGCUCUACCUCAGAACGAGAACAGAGGUAGAAAAUUAUUCGGCGGCUACAGAAUAGUCCCGAAAGUGUGUCAACCGACGAAUCCCUCGAGGAUAAAAUCCCCAGAGCCUCCAAUAUGCAUGUUCAAUUACGAGUGCAACAGGAGAAAUGGAGAAGUCGUGGGCGCAUGUAUGGACGGAUUUCUAUUCGGUGCAUGUUGCCAAUUGCCCCCUGUGGCAUCAACUUCACCAGCGGGUGGUGCAUUGCACGGGGUAUCACCCGCAUCACUCGAGGAAAUUCAGGAAAUUGAUCACGUCCCAGAAGUGCCAAUCCUCCUGAAGCCAGACGGCACGCCCCUGGAUACAAACGAUCAAUCACAAUCCAUUACAAAGCAUACGGCAUCAACCCCAGGUUUAACAUCGCAAAUGUCAGAACUGGAGCAAAACUUUCCCGCCCUCCUCGGGCAACAGGAUAUCCUCGACGACCUCUCACUCCCAGGUCUACUAACCAACUCGAAUAACAACGACAUCCAGGACCACCAGGACCACCAAGACUCAGCAGUGAAUCCAGUGACAACUCUCCUUAGUCCAGACCAAGUCCUCCAGAUAGCUGACCCUGUCGACCAACUCCCAGCGUUAUUCUCCCAGGGAAUCGGUCAAAAUAAUCACACAGGUGCCGAGACAGUUCUCCUCAACAUGAAUGGAACUCUCCUCGGCAACGAGGACGUUAAUUUCGAGCAAUUAUUCAACUCGAUGAACCGAAGCACACCCUCGACAUUCGUCACCGAGAGGACCUCGAGCAGUACAAAGAAGAUGACAGGACCAGUUCACUACAUGAAUACCCACCGAGUCACAGCGACAACCCAGUCGAGUACAGCUGGUCUCGUCCGAGUGCCAACAAUAAGCCACGAGAGCCCCAAUAAAAAACACGACAACAACAUGGACCGCGAGGAAAUAGCCAUUAAUCACAUAAUAUCGAUUCUAAACGGUAGUAAUCCUGCUAAUCCAUCUGUACCAGUUAAUCCACCCCGAGUUACGUCACAACAGGUGGAAUCGACGGACCGGACAUCAUCGGUUCACACAUGGGUGACCAUCGAGGACACGUCAAUUCCUACCACCAAUGGAGAUACCUUUCCGUAUACGUUCCACAAACCCUCAACAAAACCCCCCAAUUUCUAUUACUAUGAUACGAGUGCCUCGACGAUGACAUUCAAGAAGGGAGCGACAAAAGCCCCAAGUUACUCAAGCCAAUCUUCCAGUUACUCAAGUCACCCCCCGAGCUACUCAAGUCAUCCCCCGAGUUAUUCAAGUCAUUCCCCCAGUUACUCCAGCCACUCCCCGAGCUACAGCUACUCCCCAUCAAGUGCAAGCACCUACAGCAGCUCCCCAGGAGGCUAUCCCUCGACGAGACCCACAACCAACCCCCCAGCCCCAACACUCAUCGUCCUAGGGCCCCUGGGCACAGAAUUCACCACAAUAACAAGCCCCAAACCCCUCAUAAGACGCACCACACUCCCCUCAAUCAGACCCAACAUCGUGACGAAACAACCCAGCCCCAUUCACGGAACGGAAAUCACCCACAACAUCAGCACGGUCAUCUCCACGUCACCAGGUGCAUCAGGCACCAGCAACAUCAUAUCCACGAGUUACAUCAACGUCGAUCUCAAAGAGAGGCCCAGCUCUUCGUCUCCGGUAACUGAGAUAAUCACCAUGCAGCCUUCAUCGGUAGCUGAGAUAAUCACGAAAAAACCAUCGCCUACAGCUCAGAUAAUGACGAAAAAGCCUCCGCCUCUGACUGAGGUAAUCACGAAGAAACCAACAACCUGGACGACAGUAUCCUUGGCUAGUAAACCCAGUUUUCAAUUAAAACCCCAAGGACCCGACUUCCAAUGGCCCGAGAACCUGAUGCCAGUGCAAACUCUGGAGUUCAAACCGAUAUCCACCAAAAAACCCAAUACUCCAGGGACUACACCGAACUGCGACGAAAUCACAGCACCUCCAGACGAUCUCUCCGCAUUUCCCCCUGAUCGCAAUCCGAGUUUAACGGACUCAAGCCCAACCUCUCAGCAGGAAAAACCAACAAUUGUCGAGGGUUUCAAUAACACCGGGUACCCAGGCUAUCCAGGGAGUGAAAUAAUCACUGAUAACGAAAUUCCAACUCCCAGUUUCAUCGAGGAUGGCAUUCUCAAGGAUAAAGUUGAUGAUUUGGUCAACAAGAUCGUGGAUUCACUCCAGGGAGACUUCCAGAAUCUCGAGGACGUAAUUUACAGGAGAAAAAAUGCCACCGUGGCUGCGACAUUGGCACCAACGAAGAAGCCAGUGAUUACGCGACGACCUGCAACAUCUGGGAGCACGAGACGACCGACGAAAAAGCCAGGCAGCAAACCUGGGGGUAGUACUGUGAAACCCGUCAGGGCGAAACCAUCGCCUGUCUCCAGUGUCCCAGGGACAACCAGAAAACCCACCAGCAAACGUCCCAGACCCACCAAGAAAGCAACCACUCAAGCUAGUGUCACCACUUCUGCAGGGAGUACUAUGACGCAGUCUGUUGUUACCGAGUUACAAGUAGCUCAGACUACCGAGGGUGUCAGUACAACGCCGGAUUAUCGCACACAGUGUGGUGUGAGGCCUUUGAUACGCGCAGGUAGAAUUGUCGGUGGGAAGGACUCGACCUUUGGCGAAUGGCCAUGGCAAGUACUCAUUCGAGAAUCAUCGUGGCUCGGGUUGAUGACUAAGAACAAAUGCGGUGGGGUACUCAUUACCGACAAAUACGUCAUCACAGCUGCCCAUUGUCAACCCGGGUUCUUAGCUUCUUUGGUAGCGGUCUUUGGUGAAUUCGACAUUUCCGGUGAAUUAGAGACACGACGAAGUGUUACGAGAAAUGUACGACGGGUGAUAGUAAACCGUGGGUACAAUCCAGCGACCUUUGAGAAUGACUUGGCCCUGUUGGAACUGGAAUCACCAGUUCAAUUUGACGCGCACAUUGUCCCUAUUUGCAUGCCAGGCGAUGAUGCUGAUUUCACAGGACAAAUGGCCACCGUAACCGGCUGGGGACGCGUCAAAUACAACGGCGGAAUACCAUCUCUCCUGCAAGAAGUGCAAGUCCCAGUAAUGAAGAAUGCCGAUUGCCAGGACUUGUUCUUAAAGGGGGGCCACAGCAAAAGAAUCCUCGAGAGUUUCCUGUGUGCAGGUUAUGCCACAGGAGAGAAAGAUUCUUGCGAGGGUGACAGCGGUGGACCCCUGAUGAUGGAACGACCAGACGGUAGGUGGCAACUCGUGGGGACUGUCUCCCAUGGAAUAAGAUGUGCAGCCCCCUAUCUACCCGGUGUCUACAUGAGAACAACAUUCUUCAAACCCUGGCUCCACAGCAUCACCGGGGUGUAAAUAAACACUCCGUCAAAUCAACAAUAAAUUAAUUAUUGGAGAAUGGAAAUGGAGGGCUGAGAGCUUCGUGUCUUCCCUCAUCUAGCUCUGUAUAAAUUGUACAAACGAGUCAACGACGUGCAUCUUAAUUCAGUAUCAAACUGAUAUAAAUCGAAUUCACUAGUUUAAAUUAUUGAUUCAUUCCGAAAGCUAUUCUGCAGCAAAAAGGUGAAGAUCAACCAGUCGAUUUCGCUAAUACGUAUUUUUUUCCAUUAAUCCCUCUAAAUUUACAAGAGAUUGUGAAAUUUUCGUAAAGAUUUUUUUUGUUCUCAUUGCGCUCUGCAAAAUCACUAUUACGAAAAAUUUCACUAUCUCUCUUAAAUCCCGAGAUAUUUCUGAAGAAAUCGACAAAAAAUGCGAGCCGACUUGUUACCCUUUACCCCAGGGCUACUCCAUUGAUUUGAUGAAAAAAUAUAAAAAUAUCAUUUCUACCAGAAAUUUGAUCACCACCAAAAAAUUCCUCUACCAUAUUCUCCUCAAACCGCCAGUGGUCGAGAUAAAUCAAUAAUUACCAAAAAAAAAGUUCAAUUCGGCUCACAUCACUUCGCUACUGAAUAAUUGAUAAAAGAUUAAGUAACAGUUUCCAAUUCAUUGUAAAUAAUAACUUAAACCUAAAUCAUCCUUAAUUUAUGUAUAGUGAUGAAUUCCAAUUACGAUCUAUUUAUUGUCA